GCUUCCCAUCGCUCUCACAGACCAGGCGCCAAGUGUAGCAGUCCCGUCCGCAGUCUGCCUCAGCACCUCUAACGCCCGCAAUGCCCAGGGAUACUGCCGCCCCGCUCAUUUUCACACCGCACUGACUAACCGUAUCUCUCAACGAGGUACCCUGGAUCUUUACUUCUGGACUGUUGGUCCACUGUCCCGAGUCCUCUGCGCUGCGUGAAGCGAAUGGAGAAGGUCCAAGGAUAACAGAGGGUGCAGGAUUUUGCUACUGCAGAAGACCUGCCGGUGGUACGCUGCCCGGGGGGCUGCCUGUCUGUCAGAGGCUGUGGUGUCGCAUCCACUUUUUUCAUGAUCUGAAAUCGCUUUGCAUGGAUACAUCAUGGCUACGUUUAUAUGCAGGGUACAGUUCUUAGAUGAUACUGAUCCAUUUAACAGCACCAAUUUCCCCGAGCCCACCAGACCACCUCUGUACACCUUCAGGGAAGAUAUUCCUCUGAUUAAUCAGAUUGCCGGAGUCCACAGGCUGCUGAAAGCUCCGCAGAAGCCUGAUGACUGUGCCCUUCAGCUGUCCCAUAAUGGAAGCUACCUGGACUUGGAGUCUACCUUGGCAGAGCAGAAAGAUGAACUGGAGGGAUUUCAGGAGGAAGGAGGGAGGGGCAAGAAGCACAGCGUUAUUCUUCGAACGCAGCUGUCCGUCAGAGUCCAUGCCUGCAUUGAAAAACUCUACAACUCAACUGGACGGGAGCUACGGAGAGCCCUCUUUUCCCUCAAGCAGAUUUUUCAGGAUGACAAGGACCUGGUGCACGAGUUUGUGGUGGCAGAAGGACUGACGUGUUUGAUUAAAGUGGGCGCUGAAGCCGACCAGAACUACCAGAAUUACAUCCUCAGGGCCCUCGGUCAGAUAAUGCUUUAUGUGGACGGGAUGAACGGGCUCAUAUCUCACAAUGAGACGGUCCAGUGGCUUUACACCCUGGUUGGAUCCAAGUUCCGUCUGGUGGUGAAGACGGCCCUAAAGCUGCUGCUGGUGUUUGUAGAGUACACAGAGUCUAACGCCACCCUGCUCAUAAAGGCUGUGAACGUUGUGGAUGCCAAAAGAGGCACAAAACUGUGGUCAAACGUCAUGGAGAUCCUGGAUGAGAAGGAUGGAGUGGAUACAGAGCUGCUGGUGUAUGCAAUGACACUCAUAAAUAAGACUCUGGCAGGCCUCCCAGACCAGGACUCAUACUACGACAUGGUGGACUGUCUGGAGGAGCAGGGCGUCGAAGCCGUGGCCCAGAGACACCUCAGCAGGAAAGGCACCGACCUCGACCUCGUCGAACAGUUCAACAUCUAUGAGAUGACUCUCCGCCAUGAGGACGGAGAUGACGAAACCCAGUUGCCUCCCAGCGUCCGCAAGGAACGCCGGCGGGCCAGCGUUGGUGGCACCAAUGAGAGGCGAGGCCUGGAGAGGAGACGCAGUCGGAGACACUCGCUCCAGAACAGCAGAGGCCACGCUUCUGCCCCGGCAUCACCCAGCAGCCCUCAUACUCACGCAAGCAGCUUCCUGCCAUUUGGUGGCCAACGUGUUGAAGACAUCAGUGAAAGUCUGACAGAUAUAAACAACUCCCCUACACCUUACACAGCUAGAAAGCCUUGCUGGGCUGAAAGAAUCAGUGCCAAUGGCUCUCCAUACCCUGGCAGGCACCAGGCUCCUACAUCACCCAUCCAUCGCUUCACUAGUACAGCAUCUAUGACACCAGAAUCCAAAACAGUUGACAGACCUGCUCUAGGGGGCUUGCUAACUUCAUCGUACAGACAGCAUCAGGAGUCGCUGGCUCAGGAGAGAGAGAGGAGACGCCUGGAGAGAGAGGAGCGCCUGCAGAGAAUCGAAAGAGAAGAGAGGAACCGCUUCAAUCGAGAUUCUGUUGAGAAGAGGGAAGAAGCACGACAAGCCAGAGAGGAAAGGUACAAGAAUGUGGAGAGGCUUGCUGCAGAGGAGUUCGAGCGCGAGCGCCCUAGGGCGCCGACAAGAGGACGAACAGAGAUCACUUUGUGUUUGAGUUCCAACCCUGCCAGCCGCUCUGUGUCCCGCUGUGCCACACCUUCGUCCAUUAUCUCACAGGAGGACACAGUCCCCACUGCACACCAGACAUUGGGAACAGAACAUAUCUCAGAGCCAGACCUUGACCCACAGACCAGAACCAAAAGUCCAGCGCCAGAGUUAACAGUAUCAGAACCUUCCCCCAAACCUCCCUCAGAGCCAGACAAGCAGCAGACUGAGACAGAGUCGCCUGCAGAGAUGGAGGAUGUUGCUGAGACUCAGUCUGACCAGAAUGUAGUGGCAGAGCUGGCGUCAGAUGAACAGUCAGGCAUGGAGAAAGAAGAGAGGCAAGAGCAGGAGAGGCUUGAGGAACAGACACAGCGCGUGGAUGAGGUAGAAGUAGAGGAACAGGUGGAAGAAGAGGAGGUAGCAGAUGUAGCAGAGGUAGGAGAGCCAGAUGUGGAGGUGAAUGUCGAGUUAGAGGAGGAGUUUGAGAAGGAGCAGCCGACGGAAAGGGAUGUAGAAGACAGUGUACUGCUGAGUGAGAAGGAGAGACAGAAUGAGGAAGUGAAUGAAAAGGACAACUGCUCAGCAUCCAGCAUCUCCUCCACGAGCAGCACCCUGGAAAGGGAGGAGCGUGAGGAGAAACUCACUGACAUUGAAGCAGGCCAGUGGACCCAGUGCAUUAAAGACGCAGAUGUGAACGACCAGUGCAACAAAAUACUCAACAGCAAGCGCUUCAUGCUGGACAUGCUCUAUGCUCAGACGUCAGCCAGCAAGGAUGAAGAGAAUGUAGCCGAAACUGAGAAAGAAAACUGUAAAUGUGAGAAGGAGGCAGAGGUCAGUGACGCCUCUGUGGCCAGCUUGGCCAGCAGGAUCUCCACACUGGAGGCUCACAGACAGGCCAGAGAAGAAAAUGUGAAAAAAGUGGAAGUGGGACAUCUUGACAACCAAGGCAGCGUCCGAGCAGUGGCGGAGAAGUUUGGAGAUUUGGUCAAAGGCCUAACGUCACCUCCUGAAGUCGAGGCCUCAAAAGAGCAGCAGCAGACUGACAAAUCAUCCACUGCAGCCUCAUCAGCCUUACCCCCUAAAAAAGAGUCGGACUACAUCUGGGAUCAGCUGAUGGCCACACCCAGGGAGCUGCGCAUUAAAGAAAUGGACUUCACCGACCUGAAGGAUGAGGAUGACAUGGAUAUUUUAGAUAUGGACACUGUGAUGGGGUCAGGUGACUUGAUACCACCACCUCCCCCUCCAUUGUGCAAUGUUGCCCUGCCACCACCUCCACCGCUGUUUGGGUGCCCCCCUCCUCCCCCACUCCUUGGCAAAAUGAUGCCGCCGCCCCCACCAUUCAUGGCCCCUAUCCCCCCACCCUCCCCUCAGCUGACUCGAGGGGAAAUGCCUCUCUUCCAAAAGAAGAAGAAGACCAUCCGUCUCUUCUGGAACGAAGUCCGACCCGUGGACUGGCAGUGUAAGAGCCAUAAAUUCUGUAAAGAAUCCCUCUGGUGCAAACUGGAGCCAAUUAAACUGGACACAUCCAAGCUGGAGCAGCUGUUUGAGUCCAAAUCCAAGGAGCUGCCUGUCACAAAGAAAGCAGCUGUCGAUGGCAAACGACAAGAAAUCAUCGUCCUUGAUUCAAAACGCAGCAACGCUAUCAACAUUGGCUUGACUGUCUUGCCUCCUCCCCGCACCAUCAAGACAGCUAUCCUCAACUUUGAUGAGUACGCACUGAACAAGGAAGGCAUUGAGAAAAUCCUGACAAUGAUCCCCACAGAGGAGGAGAAGCAGAGGAUCCAGGAGGCUCAGCUGGUCAACCCUGAUAUUCCCCUGGGCAGUGCUGAGCAGUUCCUCCUCACUCUCUCCUCCAUCACAGAGCUGUCUGCUCGCCUGCAGCUGUGGGCAUUCAAGAUGGACUAUGAGCUUAUUGAGAAGGAAGUGGCAGAGCCUCUGCAGGACCUGAAGGAAGGGAUGGACCAGUUAGAGAAAAACAAGACGCUGCGCUACAUCUUGACCACGUUGCUGGCCAUUGGCAACUUCCUCAAUGGCACUAAUGCAAAAGGCUUUGAGCUGAAUUACUUGGAGAAAGUCCCAGAGGUGAAGGACACAGUUCAUAAGCAGUCCCUGCUGCACCAUGCCUGCUCCAUCGUGGUGGAGAAGUUUCCAGACAGCACUGACCUCUACUCUGAGAUAGGAGCCAUCACCCGCUUGACCAAGGUGGACUUUGACCAGCUUCACGACAAUCUGGCCCAGAUGGAGCGAAGGUGCAAAGCAUCCUGGGAUCACCUCAAGGUCAUUGCAAAGCAUGAGAUGAAACCUGCUUUGAAACAAAAAAUGUCAGACUUCCUCAAAGACUGUGCAGAGAGAAUCAUUAUUCUGAAGAUUGUACAUCGAAGAAUAAUCAACAGGUUUCAUGCCUUUCUGCUGUUCCUGGGCCAUCCGGUAUAUGCGGUACGUGAGGUCAGCAUUCAUCGCUUUAGCAAGAUCCUGAGUGAAUUUGCCCUGGAGUAUCGCACAACAAGAGAGCGUGUGCUACAGCAGAAACAGAAGAGGGCCAACCACCGAGAGAGGAACAAGACCAGGGGAAAAAUGAUAACAGAUAGUGAGGAUGACGAUGAUAGUGAGAGUGGUAAAUUUGGUGGCCCAUCAGAUGCACAGGAGAGCCAGCCUCAGGGUAUCCAGUAUGCUGAAGAUGCAGCUGAACAUGAGAACAUGAAGGCUGUACUUAAGAGUAGCUUGCAAAGUGGAGAGAGUGCCACUUCUUCAGUACCAGGCCUCCGUACACGCACCAGAGCCGGCAGCACCAGAGGGCGUGUUCCCCCAUGGUGCUCUGCCAGUGACGAUCCAGUGAACUGCACAGAUGAUACAGCUGAUGAGAUCAUGGAGAGGAUUGUUAGGUCAGCCACUCAGGGGCCCAGUCAGCGGACGCAACCUCGGGAGAGGAGACGAUCCCGAGCCAACCGAAAAUCAUUGAGGAGGACACUGAAGAACGGUCUGACAACAGAGGAGGCAAAUGCUCUCGGCUUGUCCAGUGGUUCAGAGAUGCAGGUGUGAGCUGGACAUGAGGACGCCUGGAAGCCCUUUCACUGCCCCUCCAACGCCUACACCCAACCUGGCAACCCACUCCAUUCUGGCUUGGCACUAAAAUCCCCUCCCCAGCUUUGAUGAGUUGACCUCAUCUUCAUGCGUUUGGUUCACAUAAGCUUGACACAAGUGCUUCCUGAAGAGAGUGGAGAAAAGGUUUUAUUCAUGGACUGAUGGACUGAUGGUCAGAGCGAGCAGAAACAGAGCGCUGCAUUCAAACCACUAAGCUUCGCUAUUGCUGGAUAAACAUCGACGACGUGCACUCACAAGGCUUAAUCAUGAUCAUCCUUCGAACGUGACAUUGCAUACAAACACCCACACAAUAGUGUGAUUUUUUUAGGGCGGAGGGUAUCAAGAGUUGGCAAUGCUUCGAUCUCAGUGGCCUUGAUUGAAUCCAAAGGGUAAGAAGUGCGGUACAGACACUAAACUCCCCGCUGCUUGGGUUUAGUGUCAGCCCUGCAGCUUUGGUGACGAACUGAAAGACACUUCAUCUGUUGAAUAGAUGGCUUUGUGCAGCGGGUUGUUCUGUUUUAAUACUACUGUGGUAGUUUUGUGUUUCUUUUCAUUUUGCUCAAGAAGGUGCUCAAAUAAGGAACAAUUGCACUGGAAGUAAAAGUUGGGUAUCAAUGGAAUGUGAAAUCCUUGACACUGAUGAACCACUGACAUCUGAAAAUAUACUCAACAGUUUAACCAGCAAAUCAACAGUAGCACAGUUUUUAAUAUCUAAUCAAAAAGUGGACAUGUUCGAGGCAGAUGAGCAUCUCACGCUUCAUUAAAUGUCUGUUAGUCGACUAGAUGAGAAGGAAUUUAUCAGAGGAGCGACUAUUUUUAAAGUCGUUGACGUUAGGACUGGUGAUGCCACUAGUUUCAGACUAAUGCUCAUCAACAUUUUUAGCUUCAACAAACGUCGACAUCAUGUGACCUCUUCUCACUGAUGGACUGAACAGCAGGAGAGUUUUAGGAAGGCAGGUGCAGUGUUACAGGUGAGCAGUCUUCACAUAGCGAUUUAUUUUCUAGGAACUAUGAGCUGCACAUUUCAGAGUGCCUUUCAGAGACAGUUAUUUAUUACAACGUUUUCAGGGACAUAUACUCAAGAAAAUGUUACUACAGAUGUGCAGUCCGCGAGGGUGCGAGAGGAUAAUACUGCAAUGUGUAUCGUUCACGAGCUGUGAUUUAUUUUUAACCAGUGUUUUUAAAAAAAAAACUUGUCCUGGCAAUUUUUUUUCCAUGUUAUGUCUUGGAUCAAAUAGUAUGUUAUGAAGAUAGCUUUAAAGUAUUUAUGACAACUUAGGGAUUGGUCAUGCACAUUAGCUGUAACCUGUUGCCUUACUGUAGAAUAACGCAUUGUUCCACUCUAGUCGAGAUCUACGUUCAAAUGUUCACGAUAGACCAGGCCAAAUUAUUGUGUAGUUUAACUGGCGUCACUGGAGAUCUCAGCUUGUUAUUCACCCAACAGGCGGAGCUUCAUUCUCACUAUGAAUGUGAACAUCAGGUUACAAGACAGUUAGUAAAAUGGACGCACAUGAAAUCUCCAUUAUUUAUCUGUAUUGAAGUGAAUAAGAAGGAGCCCGCGGUUUAGCUUCUCGUUUAUGCAGGUCUUUAUUUGAACUAUCGAUGAGCUCAUUGUGCUAUUAAUCAAUGUGGAACAACCUUGGCUAAAUUUAUAACAUGCAUCAUUUCAGUUUAUAUCAUGGCAUGGAAAAUCCAUUAGCUGGUUUCACACUGUGAUGGAAACAUAGCCAUUGAGAGGAAAAAGAAUCUAGCGCUACAUCACGAUGAAGCUACGUAAAAACACACCAGCAGUACAUGUUUUUUGUUUUGUUUAGAAUGAACUGAAAACUAUUCAGCACCUUAGACUCAAUGUGUAGCAUGCAGCUUAUUAGAACUGAAUUUUUUUUGGGGGGGGGGGGGGGGGGGGCGCAUCGUGUUUCCCAGAUUGUACUGAUUUUUGUCGAGACAGAAUAGAUGUGUAAAGUAAUAUAGGGGGGAAUGCUGUAAAAUGAUGUACAUGUCAUGACUGUCUUUAUGGGUUUUUUUUGCUCCAUGUGUAGAAUAGUGUAUCAUAGACUAAAAGCAGUAUUAUUCUAAAUAUAAUUUAAGCAAACCAAGCCAUGCAUGGUUUAAAAAGGUGUCACUUCUGCUUGAUUUCAAAAAAAAAAAAAAAAAAAAAAAAAGGAGGUUCACUUUGGUUCUCAGAGCUGUAGGUUUGUGUUAUUAAACCUUUUCACUUCACGGACUGUUAACGUGAACAAUCGUGGUCAAACGCGCAGUGAUGAAAUUCACCAGCUAGUCCUGUGGAAUCCCUUAGAAGCCUUUUGAUUUCAUUGCACUCGACGUUUUCUUCUUUUAACAUUAGCUCACACACUCACACACACACACACACACACACACACACAUUGCUGCCUGUGCCAUAACAUCACUGUGGAACUUGGACCCAAGUGCUAUACAACCAAGGCUUCGAUUGCGUCUGUGCCCACAGCAAAAACUAUGUAACAAGUUCAAUAAAAAGGCUCAU